AGGGUCUAAGCAGAAUGAAGGUGUAGUUGCUGCGGCAACUGUUACAGAGUCAAAGCCAAAGAAGAAAAUCUGCUGUGCAUGCCCAGACGCUAAAAAGCUGCGAGAUGAAUGCAUAGUUGAGCAUGGUGAAGCUUCUUGUGCGAAAUGGAUUGAGGCUCAUAAACAGUGCCUUCGUUCUGAGGGAUUCAAUGUCUGAGACUGGUGAAAAAGAAAAAAGGUCACUCUACUAUAAUAACUGAGUUGAUUUUCUGUGGUCGAUGAAGAUUUUGGAUCAGUUUAUUUUUUAAGCAAACUACAUCAGGAUGAUAGUUGUAACUAAAAAAAAAAGACUUAGGGAAAUUGAUUGCUACAUGCACUUCAUAAUUGAUCAACUAAACUUAAAACCUUUCUAUGGAGAUCCUCGUUUUCAUUAUAUCUGGUAUUAUUACUCCUAUAUCACUUGCUGAGAUUAUAGAAUGAGUAGUUAGUGAUUUUGUAAUUUGUACACAAAUCCAUUUGUUGUCUAAUAAAUGUGGUUAAUCAACAAAUCUUCCUUCC